CUCCAGGGAGGCGCCCGUUGCAACUCUCCUCUGCGGCUCUAGCUGUCUGUCUCAUUCCCGGCCAUUGAUUGUCUAACUUGACCGCUGGGGAUUUUCUUUCUCCCGUCCGUAUCCGUUGUACUGCUGCGCAGGGACCAGUAGCUUAGACUGCUAGGUUGGGGAAGUUCGCCUCCCGUGCGUAUCCAGCUGAGUUGAGCCUCGGAAGCAGAGCUACCGCGGAAACAACGGCGGCCCAAGCUUCUUUGACCGUUUGCAGACUCGUGGCGGGCCUCUUCUCAGCGGUCCAUGAACUUAACAUCUUUUUGCAGUAGCUGAGACAGCGUGUCGUUCUGUCGUGUCUGUAUUGGCAAUCCCAAUCGGGCCACCAUGGCCCCGAAGGAGGAUGCAUUGCCUCCGGGCUGGGAGGACCUAGAUAGACAGAUGGGCCAGCUCUUCAUGAUGGGGUUUGAUGGUACCACCGUCGAUCCCCAGAUUCGUUCCUUGAUUGAGGACUGCCAUCUGGGCGCCGUUCUGCUGACAGCUAAAAAUCUCAAAUCGGCCGAGGAUGCAGCGCAGCUGGUCCAUGAGUUGCAAACGAUCGCCCGAGAUGCUGGCCAUCCUGUGCCCCUGAUGAUUGCUUUAGACCAGGAGAAUGGCGGUGUUAACAGUCUCUUUGACGAGAUUUACAUCCGGCAGUUUCCCAGUGCAAUGGGCAUCGCCGCCACUGGCUCGAAGAAACUCGCUCGUGAAGUAGCUACAGCCACGGCUCAGGAGCUCAAAGCCGUCGGUGUCAACUGGAUUCUCGGUCCGGUCCUGGAUGUCCUCACUAAUGUGCGUAAUCAGCCCCUUGGUGUGCGAACAACGGGAGAUGAUCCACAGGAAGUCUCGCAGUACGGCGUUGAGUUCAUGAAAGGCUAUCAGGAGGCGGGUCUUGUCACUUGCGGGAAGCACUUUCCUUCGUACGGCAAUCUAGAAUUCCUAGGCUCUCAGACGGAUGUCCCUAUCAUCACAGAUUCACUAGAGCAACUGAGUCUGAGUGCGCUGGUCCCAUUUCGGAGUGCCAUUGCCCAAGGGAUAGAUGCGAUGAUGGUUGGCGGUGUCGCAAUGUCGUCUGCUGGCGUAAAUGUCAUGCAUGCUUGCCUGUCGGAACAAGUCGUGGAUGAUCUUCUGCGGAAGGAUCUCAAGUUCAACGGCGUCGUCGUCUCCGAAUGCCUGGAAAUGGAAGCACUGACUCACAAUAUUGGUGUUGGAGGAGGGACGGUAAUGGCCAUGAAGGCAGGCUGCGAUGUUAUUCUUCUCUGCAAGUCAUUUCCUAUCCAACAGGAGGCCAUAAACGGCUUGAAGCUUGGAGUGGAAAAUGGAAUUAUCAGCCGCACCCGCAUAGAACAGUCGCUGCGAAGAGUUCUUGACAUGAAGUCGCGAUGUACUUCGUGGGACCAAGCUCUAAACCCUCCUGGACUGAGUGCUCUAUCAAAUUUGCAGCCAUCCCACACUGACCUCUCGACGAGAGCUUAUAAUAACUCUAUCACCGUUGUCCGAGACAAGGACAAUCUACUCCCGCUGCCCAAUGUCCUGGAGCCCGACGAAGAAUUAUUACUUCUCACUCCCUUGGUCAAGCCGCUUCCGACCUCAGCUGCAUCUCGAUCGAUGGCAGAGAAUAUCAACUCGUCCCCUGACCCGAUGGCCUGGGAGAAAAGUGCGUCCGUGAUCAGUGGGGAGACAGUCUUUAGAGAACUAGGGAGAUCUCUCGCACGGCAAAGGAGCGGACGCGUUUUGCAUACUUCGUACACUGCCAACGGUGUCCGGCCGGUCCAUGAGAAUCUCAUCGACAGAGCAAACGCGGUUAUUGUCGUCACUGCGGAUGCCAAUCGAAAUCUCUAUCAGUAUGGCUUCACCAAGCACGUGUCGAUGAUAUGCAAGUCGCAGUUCUCGCAAACGGGCGAGCGACGGGAGAAACCCCUUAUAGUUGUGUCCGUCAGUUCACCGUAUGAUUUUGCCAUGGAUCAGUCAAUCGGAACCUACGUUUGUACAUACGACUUCACAGAAACUGCUCUACGGGCCUUGGUAAAGGUGCUGUAUGGAGAGUUGACACCAACAGGAUCGUUGCCGGGCUCAAUCAGUCAUAGCCAAAAGCUUCAUCAAUCGAGACAACACUGGUUGGUUGAGGCAUGGAACGAAGAAAGGGAUUCACGCGCGUUGGAUGCUCUGCUGGCUGCCGUUAGACAGGAUUGUUCUCAGGGCCAACGGUCGGAGUUGACCGGCGUCACGUCGAACAGCUUCUUGCUACGGAUGGAUGACGUUGUCGAGGCGCACUUCGUAGUGCGAAACAGCAGCACACAAGCACUAUACGGAUUCUGUUCGACGUACUUUUUCAGAUCUACUGGUACUGGCGUUAUUGGUUCUUUGAUUGUCGACCCCAAUAGACGGAAGCUGUCAAUUGGCCAUUCGCUCCACAACCGAGCCAUCCGGACACUGCUCCAGCGCAAGGGAAUGAAGAGGUUCCAGUUGGGCUCCCGUCUUCCGGGUAUCUACCUGGGCAUUCCAACGGUGAACCCGGUGGAGCGCAAAAGACUGCGACAAUGGUUUGCCAACCUCGGCUGGAACACGGCGCUCUCGCGGCCAGUGUGCAGCGUCGUGUUGCGCAAUCUUUCUACCUGGUCACCACCGACUGAGUUGGCAAAGAGCCUACGGAACGCGGAGGUACACUACGAUUUGGUCUACGGGUGGGACUAUGCCGAGUCUAUCCUCGAUCACAUCAAAACCACUUCGAGGCAAGGAGUGAUGGAGAUCUAUAAGCUCGCUUUGAACGGCGCGCCAGACUGCGGCAUUAUCAGGGCAAAGCGGCCGGAUGAUGGCGCGGUAAUUGGCAGUGUGGUGGUCUAUAACGACCGUUCAAUCCUGGCGGAGUAUAUGCCUGUCCUUAAGGAGACACACGCAGUAGCUGGAGGCAUCUCUUCCGUGGUAAUCUCGCCAUCCGUGGGUGAAUAUGCCAGUCUCAUGCAGGGGCUCAUCUUGCUUGGGAUUAAGCAGAUCCGUCAGCAGGGAGCUGAUGCUGCGGUUCUAGAUUGUGUCGACGGCGAUGGAAACUUCGAUAGCUUGUCCGGAAUGGGCUUCAGUGUUCUUCACAGUUUCGAGGAAGUAACGUGUGACGCGACAACCUGGACAAUGAUGCCGCCUUCAUGAACGAUCUACAAAUGCGAGACGCUCCACAUCCGAAACUGCGGGCUGCGACUCUUCGAGCAGUUCGAUUUUGCUGCUUUUUGAAUCCUCCUUGUCUCUACGUUGAUCACGACACGAAUCUCUUUGUGCGGUUUUUGGUUAUGGCA